AUGAAUGUAAAAGUAGAGGAAGGACAUCCUUAUAAUAGUUACGCGGAAAUAAAAAAGAGGAAAACUAAAAAAAAAAAAUAUAUACAAAAUGGUAGAGCGGGUAAUAAUGUGGAAGAUAAUGUUGACGAUAAUGUAGAAGAUAAUGUUGGUAAUAAUGUUGACGAUAAUGUAGAAGAUAAUGUUGGUAAUAAUGUUGAUGAUAAUGUUGACAAUAAUGUUGAUGAUAAUGUGAAAAACCGUUUAAGCCCAAAGAAUAAUGAAAAAAGUAAUCCUAGACAUAAAAAGAAGAAUACAUCAAAAAGUCCCAUAUGUGAUGGAAGAAAAAAGGAUAUUGAAUUUCACACGUUAUAUGAGAGUGAUGAAAAAAAUAACAUGGUGUCUAGAAGAAGUAGUGUUGAGAGUAUAGGUGAAGAAAAGGAUAUGAAAGCAGAUGUAAAAAAAAAUGAUAUUAAUUAUAAAGUAAAAUUAAAUACAUUAAUGUUACAAUCCUAUUUACAUAAAAGUUAUGAUAAAGUAUCUAAUAUUCUAAAAAAAACAUCACAGACAUUUAUGAAAAAAAGUCUAAGUUAUGAAACGGAAAAAGUGGAUGAUAAAACGGGAAAUAAUAUACAAAAUAAUAAUAAUGAAAAGAAUGAAACACAUGGAAAUAUUAAUUAUGAUCAAGAUGAUUUUGUACAAAAUUUUAAUAAAAUAUUUAACAAUAUGAUUGAGAAUCCAACUAAUGAUUUAUCUGAAGAAGAAAAAAAGUUCUUUGAACAAAAUUCACAGUGUAUAAAUAAAAUGCUACAUGAAAAUGCUAGUUGUCAAAAAAACAAAAAAGAAAAAAUUUUAAAAAAAUAUAAAAAAAAAAUUAUAGAAAAUAAAGAUAUAUCAUCUUUGUAUGAUAAAUUCAAAGAAUUAUUAGAUGAAAGAACAUUAUUAUUUAAAUUAAUUAUCUAUUAUAAAAAUAUUAAUUACAAUUAUAAACAGCAUAUAGAUAAAAUUCAGCAUUCUUAUGAUAUACUUAUUUCGGAAAAUGAACAACUAAAUUUAAAUAAUAUCACUUUGAAAAAACAUAUAGAUUUAUUCAGAAAAGGUGAUAAUAUAAAAAGAGAUGAUAAUGAAUAUGUUAAGUGA